AUGGAUAGGUCAUGGGUGCAUGCUGAUAGGAGAUCUCAUGAAUAUAAGUUAGGGGUGGCAGAGUUUUGUCAGUUUGCUUUGGGAAAUGCUAGAGACCCAAACCGUAUUUGUUGUCCUUGCACAAAGUGUGGAAAUGUGAAAGAUUUUUCUGCACAAGUGAUAAAGGAUCACUUGUUUGUAAAUGGGAUUAACACAGAUUAUGUGAAAUGGACAGAACAUGGGGAGGUUGUAGUGGAGUCGGGAUCAUAUACGGAUAGUGAAAGUCUUGAAUCAGAGCCAAUUGAAUCUGACUCUGUACAGGGUAACAUGAGGGCAGAUUAUGAAGUACAAUUAGAUAGUGAUGUGGAGUUGGAAGGUGAUGAGGAUGAGGAGCUUUCGAGUGAGUGUAAUGACUUCAAGAAAUUUGUUGACGAUGCCAACAAACCCUUGUACCCUGGUUGCAAUAGGCACACCAAGAUGAAUGUGCUUGUGAGGCUUUACAACUUGAAAGCCAAGCAUGGGAUGAGUGAUUCGGCUUACUCAGACUGGUUGAUUGCCUUUGCUGAGUAUCUGCCGGAAGGAAACGAGAUACCUUCCUCUAUGUACGAAGCAAAGAAGAGUUUGAGUGCAUUAGGAAUGGAUUACACCAAAAUACAUGCCUGCCCUAAUGACUGUAUUCUGUACAGAAAACAAUAUGCCGAUGACACUAUUUGUCCUACAUGUGGUACAUCUAGGUGGAAAAUAUGCAAAAACAAGAAAGAAAGAGAGGGAGUCCCCGCAAAAGUGUUAUGGUAUUUCCCUCCUAUUCCUAGGUUCAAAAGAAUGUUUCAAUCAACUGAAACAUCAAAGGCCUUAACUUGGCAUGCCACCGAGAGAAACAAGGAUGGCUUAAUUCGCCAUCCUGUAGAUUCUGCGGCUUGGAAGUUGGUAGAUGAAAAAUGGGCAGAUUUUGGUAAUGAGCCACGAAACCUACGACUUGCAUUGUCAUCGGAUGGGUUCAAUCCCUUUAGCUCCUUAAGCAGCAAGUAUAGUUGUUGGCCCGUUAUUUUGGUAACCUAUAAUCUACCUCCAUGGUUGGUAAUGAAGAGGAAACACAUGAUGCUUACCUUAUUGAUAUCGGGCCCUAAACAACCAGGAAACGACAUCGAUGUUUACCUUGAACCAUUAAUAGAUGACUUAAAGCUGCUAUGGGAAGGGGUGAAUGGAGUUUACGAUGCCAUCAAAAAUGAAACUUUUACUCUUAGGGCUCUACUAUUCUGGACAAUCAAUGAUUUUCCAGCGUAUGGUAACCUUUCAGGGAGUAUAGUCAAAGGCUACAAUGCAUGUCCGAUUUGCCUUGAUAAAACAAAACCUACAAGGCUAGUUCACGGGGGAAAGAUGGCUUACACCAUUCAUCGGCGAUUUUUAGGAAGACACCAUCCUUACCGAAAGCUAAGGGCUGCUUUCAAUAACCAGCCAGAACAUGCAGCAGCUCCAGUGCCAUUGACUGGAGAAGAAUUGUUGAGUAGGGUGGAGGCUGAAGUUCCACAUUGGCCGUUUGGAAAAAAAAAACCUGCUUCUGCUUAUAGGGGGGCUGAGGAUGAAACUAGGCCAUGUUGGAAGAAGAAGUCGAUAUUCUUUGAGCUUGAAUAUUGGAAGUAUCUCCCUGUUAGGCACUGCCUUGAUGUCAUGCACAUUGAAAAAAAUGUGUGUGAUAGUCUAAUAGGGACGUUGUUGAACAUUCCAGGAAAAACCAAAGACGGCUUGAAAACUCGUUUGGACUUGGUGGAAAUGGGUAUAAGAUGUGGAUUGCACCCAAAUCUAGAUGGUCCGAAAAAGAAGCGCUUGCCAUUGGCAAGCUGGAACCUAACAUUAGAUGAAAAAAGAUGUAUGUGUGGAUCAUUUUAUGGCAUGAAGGUUCCUGAAAACUACUCUUCAAACAUUUCAAACCUUGUUUCAAUGGAUGAUUUGAGGCUGAUUGGACUUAAAUCCCAUGAUUGUCAUGCGUUAAUGCAACAGCUGCUCCCAAUUGCUAUCCGAGGGGUGUUGGAAAAACCGGUCAGGGUUGCAGUAAUCAGGCUUUGCCUUUUUUUUAAUGAAAUUUGCAGCAAGACUAUAGAUGUUUCAAGGCUUCCCAAAAUCCAAAGUGAUCUGGUCGAAACUUUGUGUGAGCUUGAGAAGUACUUUCCGCCAUCUUUCUUUGACAUAAUGAUUCAUUUAACAGUCCACUUGGUUAGAGAAGUUGAGCUAUGUGGACCGGUUUGCUUCCGAUGGAUGUAUCCUUUUGAAAGAUAUAUGAAGGUUUGUAAGGGCUAUGUUAGGAAUAAAACGCAUCCGGAAGGGUGCAUUGCUGAGUGUUACAUAGCUGAGGAGGCGCUUAAGUUUUUAGGUGAACUUUUCUUUGAUGAUAGGACUGUUGGCAUCCCAAAAGAAAACAUCACAGCUGACAAGCCUACCUCUGGUGCAACUGUUGAGUCUGUUUAUGGCAAAGAAUUUCAGCAAGCUCAUCUCUGCGUGCUUCAAAACACUGAAGAAUUUAGAAGCUACUUUUUGGAACACACGGAACAGUUGAAGAGGGAGUUUCCCAAGUACAAAAAGAAUAAAAAAGUGGUUGAAUCAAAGGUUGCUGAACCAGGUUGUGACGUCCCUGAGAUUGUGAGGUGGCUAGCAGAUCAACCAAGCCAUGAAGUCCCGAAGUUUAGUGGUUACCGAAUAGGGGGAGUGCAAUAUAACACUAAGUUGAGCGAUGAUCUUAGGUCGACACAAAGCAGUGGGGUUUAUUUGGUUGCUAAGACUCCUCAAGUAGCUAGUGCUAAGGAUAAAAACCUUAUUACUGAAGACAUGAGCUUCUAUGGGGUGAUUACCGAAAUAUGGGAGCUUGACUAUGGUCAUUUUAGGGUUCCUAUUUUUAAGUGUGAUUGGGUAGAGAAUGAGAAGGGUGUUAGAGAAGAUGAUCUUGGGUUCACUUUAGUUAAUUUAAAUAGGAAAGGUUAUCUAAAUGACUGUUUUGUUUUGGGAAAAAGUGUGGAGCAAAUAUUUUAUGUUGAAGACCCUGUAGAUCGUAGGUGGGCAGUUGUGGUGAGAGUCCCAAAAAGAGAUUACAUUGAUUCUGUUAAGGAGGAUGAUGUUGGGGACACCAUUCUUUCCCACCCCCCCCAUCGCAACUACAAUGCCAGCUAUUCAGUCACAUGA